UUUUCUGAUGAUCUACGUUGACAAAGUUCCCCUUUCUAUACCCCAGUUUAAGCAGGAGGAGUUCCCGACUUCGCAUUUCUCAUUUCUGUACUAUUAUAGGCCAGGAUGGUGCUCAGUUUCUGUACUCGUAGUGAAUCAUCAAGUCGACUGCUUGGCAGGACAAAAGAGUUCGAGACGUUACUCGUUAUAAUCAUUAAUUAGUCCUCGUUUCAUCAGUCGAGGCUGGUAGCUCAUUUAUCUAUUGAGAAGUAAGAAAAAGAUGGGGUGUAAUAUAUUCCACGAUUGGGGACUAGGGGUUUGGUUUCUUAUGGCAUCCAUUGCUAUGGGCCUGGUUUUCAGAUCCUCUUUUCUGUCACCCCUUCAGCCCACAACGAGAUCCAGCUGCCAUAUUGCUUCAUCUACAGGGCCUCCCACUGUCUCCACUUGCUCAAUGGGGGAGCGAAAGAAGCUGCCCAUCCUGCUUUUUGAUGUCAUGGACACCAUCGUCAGGGACCCUUUUUAUGAGGACGUGCCUGCUUUCUUCGGAAUGCCAAUGAAAGAAUUGUUAGAGGCCAAGCAUCCAACUGCUUGGGGUGAGUUUGAAGAGGGACUAAUAAAUGAGAGUGAGCUUGCCUCAAAAUUCUUCAAAGAUGGCAGACCUUUAGAUUUGGAAGGUUUGAAGGAUUGCAUGAGACAUGGCUAUUCCUACCUCAGUGGCAUGCAAAUGUUACUUCAAAAUUUGAAAGAAAGUGGCUACGAGAUGCAUGCUUUUACUAAUUACCCUGUAUGGUACAUGUUGAUUGAAGAAGAACUAAAACUUUCAGCAUACUUAAAUUGGACAUUCUGCUCAUGCUUCACAGGUGGAUAUGCCUUCUUCAGUUUUUUCAUCCUUCUUCCUUUUUUAUCGGAUGAGAUUGCCUAAAUAGCUGUAACGUCUUUGAGGUUUACAGAACUGAUCCUUUUGACCUAAAGAGUUUUCUUACUAACUGGGAAACAAUUUAAUGCUCUGAAUUGAUUGUCCAGUAAAAAGUAUAAAAAAUUGAUGGGUGACUUUCUACCAAAAACUAUGACAUCAUUUAUCUUUGACUUUUCAAACUUUGAUAUUCAACAAAGAGUACUGUCUUGAUGGGUACAUAAUUAUCUGGGAAAAGAGAAUCACAUGCCUUUUGGAUCAUGACUAUCCUAUGCAAAAGGUUCCUACCAGCCCUGUUGAGAUGUCACUUCCAAUAAGAAUACAUGAUUGUAGCUCACCAACUAACAGGUUACUGUCAGGAUAAAGAUUUAAUCUUUAGAAUGAAUCACCAUCCAAAAGGGCAAUGCAACUCCUAGGUUCCUGCUCGAUAUAACAUUCUGCUGAAGGAGAAAUUAAGUAAUAACAACACUACUGAGUGUUCUCAUUGGAAGGCAUACACAGGGAAGGAAUCCUGAUAUGGUAGAAGCAAAGAUGGGGGCUAUAGAGGAUAAGUUCCAUUUGCUAGAACCCAGCAAGGACACACAAACGGUUCCUAGUUGCACAUAGCAUGAAGGAUUGUUGCAAUCCGUCAAGUGAACCUUUGGAAAUCUAAGAGUGUCUUUGCUGGUGAGAGCAUGUCUUGUGAGCCAAGAUGGCCAAUCUUUGCUGGAUUUGAGUGUAGUCUUGGAGGUCCACCAAGAUAAACUUGUCAACCAGAUGCCAAUCAAGUAGGCAAUAGGUACAAACAGAACUUCCAAGAACAGGAAGCUGUCAGGGGGGGUCUCCUGUAUCACAUGAUUUUGGGUAUGGGUGCCAUACGGGUACAGGUGUGGAGUACUUCAAAAAACUUGGGUAUAGGGAUAAUGCCGUGUAUAUAUAUAUAUAUGAGAGAGAGAGAGAGAGAGAGGUACGUGACACUUAAACCCAUAAUGAAUCAUCUUGGCCGUUGAUCAUUGCAAGAUAGGUGGCUUGAAGAAAAUCAAAUUAAAAAAAGGGGUAUUUUAGUCAUUUAGUUAACAACUUUUUCUUUUUGAUUUUCUUUCAACCAUCCAUUUUGAAAAUGACAAAAUGAUUUCUUAUGGGUCUUACACCUAAAGGUCACGUACCUACCAAUCUCUCUCUCUCUCUCUCUCUCUCUCUCUCUCUCUUUCUAUAUAUAUAUAUAUAUAUAUAUAUAUAUAUAUAUAUAUAUAUAUUAGCCACAGACCAAACAAUAAGAUUCUAAAACUUAUCUAUGUAUGUCGAACCUUGUUUUGGUCAAUUUGGCUGAGUCCAAAAAGGGACAGACACGGCGCUGGGUGCAUUGAUGUGCACCCGACAUGAUCAGCGCCCUGUUUACUCAGGCGUACAAAAUUAGAGCGCUUCCAUUUGUGCUUUUCAAUUUCACUGUACCUUCUGUUCAAUUAUUAUCUUUUUUAACUUCCCACACUUUUACAUAUUUCGUGGCAAAAUUUAUUAUAAUGAAUUUGUUUUUGGUUUUAUGCUAAUCAAU